ACAAAGAGACUCCAUCUCAAAAAAAAAAAAAAAUUCAAAACCCAUCAAGUUGGGAUGUUUAGUGCUGGGCUUCAGGAAGAGUAGGCAGGAGGGUAGUAUGGGAGGUUUCUAGGAGCCACUCCUAGAAGUGGCGCUCCCCACAGAUGCUCCAUUGCACUGACUGGAACUUGGUCACAUGACCACACCUAGCUGCAAAGGAUGCUGGGAAAUGUGGUUCCCUGUUGGGAGGCCACUUCUGGGCUUCAAACCUUCACUGUGAAUGGAGCUCACAGAUUUUCUAAAAAUUGACAUUAAAUGAGCCAGACUUGGCCCCAAGGAUCUGGCUCACUGCAACCUCUACCUCCUGGGUUGAAGCAAUUUUCCUGCCUCAGCCUCCCGAGUAGUAGCUGGGAUUACAGGCACACACCACCAUGCCUGGCUAAAUUUUGUAUUUUUUAGUAGAGAUAAGGUUUCACCAUGUUGGCCAGGCUGGUCUCAGAACUCCUAACCUCACAUGAUCCACCCGCCUCAGCCUCCCAAAGUGCUGGGAUUACAGGCGUGAGCCACCACGCCUGGCCUCAAUAUUUCUUUUUCUGGGUAUUUGAGUAUGAUAUUAUAUAUGAUGGUUAUUAGGCAGCCCAUUGCAUAGGAAGAUUAGCUAAAUCUGUUCUGAGGAAUAUUUAUCUUCAAUAUAGUUAUAUAACGACAACAUUCUUUUUUUGAAUACUGGUCUCGGGUGCCUAAUGAUAGAAGGGUGACAUCAUUAAGGAACCCUGGAAAGUCCCUCUUUCCACGUGAUCCCACGGAUGCAAAUAGCUCUGGGUGAGCUUGGGAACAGCUGAAAAAGCUGGAGCAACCGAGCAGGGCGCACAAGCCGAGGAGGGCUGUAUAAAAGCGCAGGGGGCAUUUUACCUCCAGGUUGGCCCUGCUCAGGACCAGGAGGAAACACCUCCAGCCCGCGACCUCCCCCCACAGCGGGAAAAGGAAAGCAGGAGGACCACAGAAGCUUUGGCACCGAGGAUUCCCGCAGUCUUCACCCACUGAGAUCCCGGCUGAACGAGCUGUGCAGCGACUACAUCGCUAAGCCCAGGGAGCCCAACCCUCUGCUCCGGAUUCCCGAGCACCCAGCUCCAUUGCGCAUGCGCACAAGCCCCAGCACAGACUCAGGAGGACUGAGAAUUUUCUGACUGCAGUGCACCAUGGGAAGCUCUGAGGUUUCCAUAAUUCCUGGGCUCCAGAAAGAAGAAAAGGUGGCUGUGGAGAGACGAAGACUUCAUGUGCUAAAAGCUCUGAAGAAGCUACAUAUUGAGGCCGAUGAGGCCCCAGUUGUUGCUGUGCUGGGCUCAGGCGGAGGACUGCGGGCUCACAUUGCCUGCCUUGGGGUCCUGAGUGAGAUGAAAGAACAGGGCCUGUUGGAUGCUGUCACGUACCUCGCAGGGGUCUCCGGAUCCACUUGGGCAAUAUCUUCUCUCUACACCAAUGAUGGUGACAUGGAAGCUCUCGAGGCUGACCUGAGACAUCGAUUUAGCCGACAGGAGUGGGACUUGGCUAAGAGCCUACAGAAAACCAUCCAAGCAGCGAGGUCUGAGAAUUACUCUCUGACCGACUUCUGGGCCUACAUGGUUAUCUCCAAGCAAACCAGAGAACUGCCGGAGUCCCAUUUGUCCAAUAUGAAGAAGCCCGUGGAAGAAGGGACACUACCCUACCCGAUAUUUGCAGCCAUUGACAACGACCUACAACCCUCCUGGCAGGAGGCAAAAGCACAGGAGACCUGGUUCGAGUUCACCCCUCACCAUGCUGGCUUCCCUGCACUGGGGGCCUAUGUUUCCAUAACCCACUUUGGAAGCAAAUUCAAGAAGGGAAGACUGGUCAGAACUCACCCUGAGAGAGACCUGUCUUUCCUGAGAGGUUUAUGGGGAAGUGCUCUUGGUAACGCUGAAGUCAAUAGGAAUUAUAUUUUUGACCAGUUAAGGAAUCUUCUGACCCUGAGAGGAGAUGUAUGGAGAAGGACUGUUGCAAAUGCUAAAUACAUUGGACGCCGUAUUUUUGCCCCGUUACUGAGGCUGCAACAAAGUUUGCAAAGGGAACGUCCUGUCCUGGAAGAUGAAGGCGGUGAGCCUAAUUACAACUGGCUGACUGAGAUGCUCGAGAAUUGGACCAGGACCUCCCUGGAAAAGCAGGAGCAGCCCGAUGAGGACCCCGAAAGUAAAGGCUCAGUCAGUGACUUUUUGGAUUUUGUGAGAAAAACAAGCAUUUGCGCUUCAAAGUGGGAAUGGGGAACCACUCACAACUUCCUGUACAAACACGGUGGCAUCCGGGACAAGACAAUGAGUAGCCGGAGGCACCUCCACCUGGUGGAUGCUGGUUUAGCCAUCAACACUCCCUUCCCACUUGUGCUGCCCCCGACACGGGAGGUUCACCUCAUCCUCUCCUUUGACUUCAGUGCCGGAGAUCCUUUCGAGACCAUCCGGGCUACCACUGACUAUUGCCGCCGCCACAAGAUCCCCUUUCCCCACGUAGAAGAGGCUAAGCUGGAUUUGUGGUCCAAGGCCCCCGCCAGCUGCUACAUCCUGAAAGGAGAAACCGGACCAGUGGUGAUGCAUUUUCCCCUGUUCAACACAGAUGCCUGUGGAGAUGAUAUUGAGGCAUGGAGUGACACAUACGACACAUUCAAGCUCGCUGACACCUACACUCUAGAUGUGGUGAGGCCACUCUUGGCAUUAGCCAAGAUGAACGUCAGGGAAAACAAGAAGAAGAUCCUUAGAGAGAUGAGGAACGCGGCCAUGAAAGACCACUGGGACAAGAUGAGAUUGAAGAGCUGCGGGAAGCAUUUCUUGAGUUCGACAAGGACCGAGAUGGGUUCAUCUCUUGUAAGGAUCUGGGGAAUCUCAUGAGGACAAUGGGUUACAUGCCCACAGAGAUGGAACUGAUUGAGCUCGGCCAGCAAAUCCGCAUGAACCUGGGUGGCCGUGUAGACUUUGAUGACUUUGUGGAGCUGAUGACCCCCAAAUUGCUUGCAGAAACAGCUGGGAUGAUCGGUGUCCAGGAGAUGCGGGAUGCCUUCAAGGAGUUUGACACGAACGGAGAUGGGGAGAUCACCCUGGCGGAGCUGCAGCAGGCCAUGCAGAGACUCCUGGGAGAGAGGCUCACUCCCCGGGAGAUCUCUGAGGUUGUCCGGGAGGCUGAUGUUAAUGGAGACGGCACCGUUGACUUUGAAGAGUUUGUGAAGAUGAUGUCUCGCUGAGGAGGUCCUGGAAGCCCCUGGCCCUCUCCACCUGGUCAACAUGGAGCAAGUGCUUGUGGAGAACCAAAGCCCCAAAGCCCCAGAUCCCCUUAAAGCAGAGAGGGAAGGCAGGCGGGAGAGAGGGAUCGGCAUGCAGAGCUAUGCAUGAGGUGAGACCGAGAGCAGUAGUUUUGCCAGGAUCGGGGUGUCUGCAGAACUAGAUUAACAAGGAGGAGUCUAUGGAUGGAAAUAGGAAGAGUGGGAGGAUCCAAUUGCCACCCCCAAAAAUUCCAAUGAUUCAUGACGUCUUUUCACUUCACGUAGUCCUAAGUCCCUGUGACCUGCCAGAGUCUCUUCCCCAGCUUCCCCUUGGGUGAAAAUAGUCUCUUCUCCUUUGGAUAUCAGAAGGUUCAGCACGUAGUCUCUACUCUUCCCCUGCCUGCAUCAACUGUUGCAAAUCCCCUGUUUCUCUCUCCUGGUAACAGAGAGACAAAUUAUGCAUUAUUCAAGUGAUGGUUACAUGAACAGCCCAGACUUCACCACUACACAAUAUACCCGUGUAACAAAACCUCACUUGUACUCCCUAAAUCUAUAGAAAUACAAAAUAAAAUAAAAAGGAUGCGAAUCAACCACA